AUGACCGACAACCUGCUGAAUCAGUUGGAAUCUUGCAAAAUAUGUAUUCUCCGCGGCGUGUGCAAAUCGAAGAAAAAUACUCAUUUGGAUUCACUCCUGGGGUGUUUAUCAGUGUUGAUGAAGAAUUCGGAACUUCAGUUGGAUUCAUUGGAUAUCAUAGUUUACCACAAUCAUAACACAAUAGUUAAGUGGUUCGAAGAACUAGUCCAAUCGAAAAAUCAGACUCACUGCAAACAUGUCCAACUGGUGGCACCUGGAGUUCAGCGUAUGUUAUCUUUCUUGUCCCAUUUCAAACCUGAAUUUCUCGAAACAAUCAUUAUUGCACAAAAUGGAGUGGAGAAUUCGGGAGAAAUUUGUAAAUUCAUUGAUAUAGUUGAAUCGGAACAAUGGAAACGAGCGAAAUCGAUUUAUGUCUAUUCAAUAAUCUCCUCCAAUUUUCCAAUUGAAAACCUCUUCCAUCUGACCGUUUUCUGUGUUCCGUUGGGAGAAUUGGCAGUUUCUGAUGCAAUUAAAAUUAGAGAUAUUCUUCUGAAGUCCGCUCAUUUCGAAUAUGGCCAAAUCGAUGUGAAGGAAAACAUUCCGCAGGAGGUUGUGAGAGUUUUUGUUCCAGAAUUCAAUGAUGAAAUCCCUCGCUAUCGUUCUCGUGGGCUUGAAUUCAAAGUCGAUCAAUUUCAACUCACAUUCAGCUUUAACUCGGUGAUAAUCAAAAAGACUUGA